AAAAAUACAAAACCCUUAUAAUUAAGCAAAGCUCUGAUUAUUUUUAUUCCUGUCAAAAAACAGCUUCAACAUAAUAAUCUCAAGGAUUGGGAUCAGUGUUCGUCCUCCAAAACCCAGAAAAAAGAAGGUUUCGAAUCGACUUCAAAUUCUGACAAGUAAUUGUUAAAAUUUUGAUUGAGGGUCCUUCGGAUUUCCUCUGGUAAAUCCUUUCAGCGUUCUCAAGUUGGUUCCCAAAGAGAGGGUAAAAAGCCUGGGAAUGCUGGAAGAUGUGCCUCAUCGUUCAAAAUUCCAUUUUUGAAGUUGAUGAGCUUACGGCUUUUCGAUCCUUUUUCAUCUUUGAUGAUUCUGGAUUUGGAGUUAUUGGCGAACCAUCACUAACUCUCCAUGCACAGAAGCAGAAUUGGCAUAUAAGUGAUACGAGAGCACCUUUUCUGGUAUUGCGUGAACUUUGCGGAGACGGUUGAGCUCAUUAUAAUACCAGAACUACCUGCUGUGUAAAUUACAUAAGUUGUGCUUGCCAGGGUUAGUUGAUAUCUCUAUAUAUUAGUUUAGUUCGGAAUGGAAAAUAAACCAAGUGUGUUAACACAAAGGUAUGAAAUUGGUCGGUUACUUGGCCAAGGUACCUUUGCAAAAGUAUAUUAUGCAAGGUGUAUACAAAACAACAUGAGUGUGGCCAUUAAAGUGAUAGACAAAGACAAGGUCAUGAGAGUUGGUAUGAUUAAUCAGAUCAAGCGAGAGAUUUCAGUGAUGAGAAUUGCUAGGCAUCCUAAUAUCGUGCAGCUUUAUGAGGUAAUGGCCACCAAAAGUAAGAUUUUCUUUAUUAUGGAAUACUGCAAAGGUGGAGAGCUCUUUAACAAAGUUGCUAAUGGAAGACUAAAGGUUGAUGUUGCAAGAAAGUAUUUUAUUCAGCUGAUCAAUGCAGUGGAUUUUUGCCAUAGUAGGGGUGUUUUUCACCGCGAUAUAAAGCCCGAGAACAUUCUGUUGGAUGAGAAUGAGAAUCUAAAGGUCUCUGACUUUGGGUUAAGUGCGCUAGCAGAAUCAAAGCGCCAAGAUGGCCUGCUUCAUACUACUUGCGGUACUCCUGCAUAUGUGGCUCCUGAAGUGAUCAACAGAAAAGGUUACGAUGGAGUAGCAGCUGAUGUUUGGUCUUGUGGAGUGGUGUUAUACGUGUUAUUGGCAGGUUAUCUCCCAUUUCAUGAUUCAAACUUGAUGGAGUUGUAUAGGAAAAUUGGCAAAGCGGAGUUCAGAUUUCCUAGCUGGUUCCCUUUAGAAGCACGCAGGCUAGUGUGUAAGAUGUUGGAUCCAAAUCCCACUUCUAGGAUUUCAAUGUCUAGGAUCAGGGGAAGUGCUUGGUUUAAAAAAGGAUUGAAUGUAGAACAGAAAAAAUUGGAAAAGGAAAAUGAGCAAGCUUCUCCGGACAUGGGUCCCUCUGCUCCUUGUGGGAAUAGCAAUGACAGUGCUGAGACUAAACAAGAACCAGUUCAACUUCGAAGUCUAAAUGCUUUUGAUCUAAUCUGUGGAUUUGACCUGUCAGGAUUGUUUGACGGAGUUUCUGAAAAGAGAGAAACGAGAUUUUCGUCCAGACAACCUGCCUCAGUCAUCAUCUCUAAGCUGGAAGAAGCUGCUAGACAUUUGAGACUAAAGGUGAAAAAGAAGGAUGCAGGUGUUCUGAAAAUGGAAAGGCUAAAGGAGGGUAGAAAGGGGAUCCUGUCGAUUGAUGCGGAGAUUUUUGAAGUGACUCGGACUUUUCAUCUGGUGGAGAUUAAGAAAUCUAAUGGAGACACUUUGGAAUAUCAGCAGAUACUAAAAGAGGAAAUGAGACCUGCUCUCCAAGAUAUUGUUUGGGUUUGGCAAGGUGAUCAACAACAGCAGCAGCUGCAAUAUGAGGAACAGCAGCAGCUGCAAUAUGAGGAACAGCAGCAGCUGCAUCAGCAACAGAAUGAGUCUAGCUCUACUUCCAGCAGCAGCUUUGACAAGUAUUCAAACUGAUCAUUUCUUAAGAUACCUUAUGUUUGUACAUUGCCAUACUAUGUAUUCGAACAUUUGUUUUGUUCUUCCUAUGAUUGUAUUAAUCUUGUUUCAGUAAAAAUUACUGUCGUCUGGCAAACCAUUCCCCAUCA